AUGUCUAUAAGUGUUACCCCGACAGCAAUCACACUUGCUUCUCUUGAUCGUUUGCUGCAUAAAGCUAGCAGUAAAUUUGAUUCCAGUCAUCCGGAUUCUUGUGUGAAUAAGGAGUUAUUCUGUAAGCUGUAUUUGGCCGAUUGUGGUUGCGAAGCUGUAGCGUUAAAUCUCUACGUACAUCGGAUAGUAUUAAAAACUUUGAUUAAGGCUCGUACAUCUCUAAGUGCCUGCUUCGAACCGGAAUUUUCUAUUGGUACAGUGCCUGUUUCAAAGUCGACCUUUUCAACUGUUCCGCAGAAGCUACAAUUGGCAUCCAGUACCAGCGAGGGCACCAAACAGCUCAAGGACGUGUUCUGUGCUCAUUUUAUCCGACGGCUGGUGGAAAAUCUUUUGUCGGAUUCUUCUUCUUCUUCGGCAGAGCAGUUCUAUCAGUUUAUAGACGUUGUAGAGGAAGAACUUGGAAAAGUCCGUUUGGGUUUACACAAUUGCUUUUUGGAUACAUUGUUCAAAGCUGAAUUAUCACUUGGACUUAUACCUCGUUUGAUUAUUGACAUCACACUUUUCAACUCUUCUGUGAACCCAAAAUAUUAUAAGAUACUACGAGCUGAUACAUCUGUUGUUCUUUCAAACGUUUUCGAUUAUUCAGAAUAUAGCUCGAAGGGUAUCAAGUUUCCUUCUUCUCUUUCACCUCUACAACUUCUGUUGACUUCUGUUCCUGAAACUGACUCUAAUAAUACAUCUCCAGUGACGGACCAUCUAUCUUCACUGCAGUACAUUGAUCUCGAAGAUAAAGAUCUCGAUCCAGUCAUGGAAAAUUUAGCCACUCAUAAUCCUAAUCUGUUGGCUCAUCAGAUUCAGGAUAUUGGUGUUGCCUUCACGCAUAAUCUAGAAACUUGCAAGCAGCAUCUACUUUCUUUACAUGCUACUGAUUCUCAUAUGUUGCACAGUGCAAAUUUGUCACGGGUGAUCAUAAUGAUGCUGAAUACGUGCACGGGUACUCAGUCGUUACAGACGACUAUAGCGUGGGACAGGCGUAAUGCUAGUGCAUCCUGUAAUAAGAUUUUUGUUUUUUUUGCUCCAAACUUGAACUGGUCUGAGGUUGUGAUGCAUUUGGACCAUCCAAAUUUUCUUGUUCGAAAUAAAGGGCAGCUACAGUUUUUGAUGACUCUGUUGCUCACUGGCUUCGGUGCAUCUCCUUUUCCAAUAUCUCUUUUGUAUCGGGAAUGGAAUUUCCACAAGCUAGGACAGUAUUCAUGGAUAGAACAGAUAGUGCAAAACCCAGAUGUUUUUUCUUUUAUCGAUUAUCCUUGCAAGACCGUGAAUUUGUCUGUUCUAAAAGUUCAACCUGAGGAGACUAGCAAAGAGCUGUUGAAUUGGCGGUCAUUAGAUUUACUCGAUAUCUUACUUCACCUAGGUGAAAAUAGGAAAUUGACGACAAACGUUCUAAGGUUAUUUGAUAAAGCUUGCGCUUGUGUUGACGUAGUGUUACUUGGCUUAACACAAGUUCCGCCUCCUGUCAGUCAUCUUCGAAUCCACGUUUUUUCUGUAUUAAUUCCAUGGUUAUUUACGAGCCACCCGAAUGCCGUUGCUGUUCUAAACGCUGCGUGGAACUGUGAAGAGUUAAACAAACCGCCGAUGAUAAUUAGAUCUGUUAUAUUGAAUUGCAUGGCGAAUUAUUACAUGAAGAAUCAGGAUGAUCAAGCGAAACUUACUCGGCUACUGGAACUGGCACAUGAGUUGAAGCCAAAUGGCCUGGGGGAACUUUUUAACAUGCAUCAGUUUCCGUUUACUAUUGACCUUGCGUGCUUGGCUUCAAGAAGAGAUUUCCUCAAGUUGGAUAAGUGGAUUGAAGAUAAAAUCAGUGAGCAUGGGGUAAUUUUUACUUUUUUUACUUCUGCCUUUCAAGACACUUUUACCUCACAACUUAUAACAUUUAUACGUCGAAGACUUGCUCCACCACAACCAUCACUAAUAUUACCACAGGAAACACUUUCUAUUUUGCUUAACUGUCUCAGUAAGCCAAACGCAGCAACGAGUUUUGCAGUUGCGGAACUUCACCAGCUUUUCCAACAGAUUCGACAGUUACAGGUGAGGGGCGCUUUGAACGUCACUCAGCGAGCACCAUUACCAUUACCGACAGGUGCACAGUCAACUGUUUUUGGCGGUGGAGGGGGUGUUCCCGGCGGUCCAGGACAGGCUCAGUCUGGUGCUGGGACCUUUUCAGGAUUUCCUUACGCAUCAGCAGGAUCUAGUUUUGGACAAACAAGUCGUGAGCAGGCUAUUGCUACGGCACAGCAGUUGCAAAAUCGUCAACAGCAACAGCAAGCGGGAGGUUUGCCAGGAUCGAUGCAAUUGUUUGGAUCUGCUGGAGGUCCUGCCUCCUUCGGUCAACAAGCAGAUUUAUUAAAAGCUACAAAUUCUGGUAAUAUUUUACAACCGAAUUUUGGCGGGGGAAAUUCUCUUUCAAUGUCUCCUUCAGCCCAGAUGAUGCGGACGGGUUUUCUAGCGAAUAGUAGUGGGGCUGUUCCUCAGGCUAGAGUUGGACCUAUAUCCAAUACUACUGUUUGGAACAUGCCAUCUGGUCUUCCUGGAACUGGUGCUCUACGCUCAGGCCCAGGUUCAUCUACGGCUAAUAGCGGCAUAGACUUUCGUGCCCAUCUUCCUCCUGGUGCUCCGGGUGCUACAGGUUCUAUUAUUGGAGGUACUGCUGGAUAUACUAAUUCUGGGAAUGCUGUUCAACCAAGUGGAGCUGCAGUUGCUACUGCUGCUCGUCAGAGUGUUAGUAUGAGCGAGGACCUUACAAGUGUUCAAUUUAGUGAAGAAAUUCAAAACGAGGCUAACAUGUACUUCCAGCAGAUUUAUUCUCAAAAUAGUCAAAUGCCGGUAAAUGAAUUCGUUAACUGUCUAAAAGCGUUCAAGAAUUCUCCCCAUCAGAAAGACAGAGACGUUCUAGCUUGUGUUGUUAAAAAUCUUUUCGAAGAAUAUCGGUUCUUUCACGAAUACCCGGAAAGGGAAUUACGAACAACUGCAGAAGUUUACGGCGGGAUAAUACGAGAAGGGAUCAUAACGUCAGUUAGUUCGUCCUUAUUAGUGCAUCGGAAAAAUCUUCAUUUUGCUACUGCCGUUCGCAAGGUUAUAGAAUCUUUGCAAGCUGAACCUGGUUCUAUGUUGUGGACUUUUGGCAUAGUUUCUUUGAAUGCUUGCAGAACAAAGCUCUGUGCUUAUCCAAAAGUUUGCGUUAUGAUUGCUAGCCAAGAAAGCUUUAACAGGUUUCCACAGGUUUUGAAGGAGUAUGUGAAAAUGGGCAUUCAAGGUCAGCUUCCUUUGGGGCACACUAGAGGCGACACACCUAAUUGGCAGCAGCAACAGCAACAGCGGGCAAGCUCCACAGCUGCUGAGGCGGUGUCAAAAAUGCCUUCUCGUACUGGGACUUCAGUUCUUUCAGUUACAAGCGUUGACACUCUAGUCAACGCUACUGAACGCGAUGGUUCUAGGCUUAAACAACCUGCUGACGCGAUAGUCGAAAAAGUCGCAUUCCUCUUUAAUAAUUUAAGCCAAAGCAAUUUACCAAAGAAGACUGAAGAAAUGAAAGAAAUGAUUUCUGAAUACGGAGAUGAUUUUGUGCACUGGUUGGCCCAAUAUUUGGUGAUGAAACGCGUUAGUAUAGAGCAAAAUUUUCAACCGCUCUACAAUAAUUUUCUGAUAGCUAUUGCUGACAGUAACUUAGAAAAGUACGUAAAGCAGGAGACCUUCCGAAAUAUCAAAAUCCUUUUGCGAAGUGACAAACGGCAAGCUGCAUCUAAUUUUGGAGAUCGGCAAUUAUUAAAAAACUUGGGCUUAUGGCUUGGCACUAUAACAAUUGCAAGAGAUCGUCCUAUUGUUACAUCAGAUUUGGAUAUGAAGUCGUUGCUGCUUGAAGCUUAUUAUAAAGGGCAGCAGGAACUGUUAUUCGUUGUUCCAUUCAUUGCAAAAAUUGUAGCAGCUUGUAGUCGGAGCAGUGUUUUUGGUGCAAACUGUGCUUGGAUUCGUGCCAUUUUGAAAGUGUUAGCGGAACUUCACAAUGAAUACGAUUUGAAAUUAAAUUUGAAGUUUGAAAUUGAGGUGCUUUGUAAGGAGCUUCACGUAGACUUGCACAGUUUAAAUGGUGAAGGGGUUUUGAAAAACGUGGAGGAUCGACUCGCUAGAGUGCCUCAACAGCUUGGUGAGCUGAAAAUGUUGAAGCAGCCAGAGGUUGGAUCGUCUCCUGUGCCUCACGUGCGCGUUGGAGCAGACAGUACUGCGGAAGCAACAGUGUCCGCCGUUGUACAAGGUCAGCCUCAGCAACAUACUUCUAGUUCAACUGGUGAAGUUGAAACUAUUACAAACGUCGCGCAGGCUGCGGCUAUUCAGACUGCUAAUAUCGCGAUUCAGCAACCACCGGCACAUUUCCACUACCAUGACAUCAACGUUGUGUCAUUUGACGGUCUUACACCGCAUAUAAAAAUGUCGCCAUCUUUACCACUCUUUCAAAUGAAUCCUCAAUUAAAACACGUUAUUCGGCCAGCAAUCUGUCAUGCAAUAAAGGAACUUAUCGAACCAGUCACCGAGCGGGCUAUUAGGAUAGCUAUGCAUGUAACAGAACAUAUUUGCAAGAAGGAUUUUGCUCUGGAUGGCGAUGAGCAACGCUUAAGGCGGGCUUCCCAUCACAUGAUUCGUGCAAUGACUGCUGGAAUGGCAUCGCUCACCUGUCACGACCCUCUCGCAACAACUUUGCAGUCAUAUUUGAAGCAGGCUUUCUCCAACCAGUUACGUUCAGCCAGUAAUGUGCUUGGUGUUCAGCAGCCUAAUCCGGAACAGAUGCAAAUGAUUGACGAGGCAGCUUUGACCAUCACUGAUGACAACAUUGAACUAGCUACAAAUUUUAUUGUCAAGUCUGCAUGUGAAAAAGCCACUCCAGAAAUGGAUAAGCGAUUAGAAGCUGAAUAUGCUAUGCGCAAACAAGCGCGGACUGCGGAUCCUAAGCAGCGUUAUGUUGACCCAGUCGCUUUAGCAAAAGUGCAGUUGCUACCGGAAAAAAUCAGAACUCAAGUUGGCGUAAUCACUGCUCAACAAAUGGCGGUUUACGACGGAUUCUCAAGUAAGUUGUGCGGCUUCAAACCGACGACCGCGGAGGACAUGAUCGCAGAUUACAGCAUUUUGAAAUCGUCUACUCCUACUUCAUUACAACCGGUUAUUCACCAGCCUGGCACCAUGGAGAAGGAAAUCGAGCAGUUUACGAACGCUCUCCAGAAGAUCACACGUGAUGCAGACUUGCUCUUUAGUUCUUCAAAUAUCGCUCAUCCUCAGAUACCAGCACAGUCCAAAGCAGCUGCUGCAAUAGCUGUAAUUCGCGAUGCCGUUUCACAACUUGCUGCGUCACCACGUGAACCGAUUCAGCUUCAUAAUCUUAUUACCAAAAUUGUUGAACAGUUACUGUAUGCUUACCGUAAUGGUGAUACUCUUCUUCCACAACAACAUCACCCUGGUCAAGUGUUUCCGAUGGAGAUUGAGUGGUCUGCAAGACUAAAGGAGGUUUUCAUCAGUGUCUGUAAAAUUUUGGCUUCUCAGUUAACUCUGCAAAACUUGGCACAACGUAUUACUCGGGUUAUUUGUGACUGCCGACUAGAGUAUAAGUUCAAUGCCGACGCUGUGGACUUAUUAGCAAAAAAUAGUCUUUUACAGUAUAAUGUUUUCGAUCACCAUUUGGCGCUGCUUAUAGAAUCAAGUGCAAGUCUCGAGGCUACUCUGUUUGCGCAGAGGUUUUUGAAGAUGAAUAUCAGUCCUGGAGGUAUUCGACAGCAAAUUUUAGAUCAUUUCCCGCAAACUCUCGAACAACUGUCGAAGAUACAGCAGUUUGGUCAAAAUAGGCCUACUCCAACAUCGGAAAGUUUCCCAGCAAUGCUGCAUGGCAUAGGUCGAGAAAGUCCCAACAUUGGAGUGGUGCCUCGGGCUGGAAGUGCUGCACAACCGCCUUUAAUUGCAAUGAAUGAACGUAUGCGGUCUGGAAGCGUUCCAUCUAGCGGUGCCCUGCAUGCUGCUGGGCCAGGAGCAGGAAUUCUUUCAAGGGUGGGGACAGCAAAUGAAAACACUGAGGCUAAUGCCCCAGAGUUGCAAAGUAAAGUUGAAACAAUACUGCGAGAGUGGAUUCAGCUUUGUUAUAAACCUGUGGCUCAAAAAGAACCGCAACAGGCAUUGGCGACCAUAAUUCAUAGUAUGCAUGAACAAGGCGUAUUGUCCACUGACGAAAUGAUUACGCGUUUCUUCCGGUUAUGCACAGAAAUGUGCGUUGAUGUUUCCUAUCGCCUUUUGAAAAAUGAAGCUGCUAACAUUCAUCAUUCUCCUACAGUUGUUCGCCAAAGAUGUUAUUACACACUAGAUGCUUUCGUCAAAUUAACUUGUUUGAUGAUUAAGCACAGCGAUGGUGGUCAGUACCAAACUAAAAUUAAUCUGUUAAAGAAAAUACUCAACAUUGUCACUUACGUCUUGCAUCAGGACCAUGAGAUUAAAGGUCCAGAUUUCCAUGCAAUGCCUUAUCACCGAAUACUAAUCAUUAUGUUUAAUGAGCUUACUGCUCCAGAUCCUAUUCUGGAUCCUAUUGCGUGGAAUAUUUUGGAAGCAUUCGGGCAAGCGCUUUUUAUCCUGCAGCCACGACGAGAACCUGGUUUUGCUUAUGCAUGGCUUGACAUUAUUGGGCAUCGUAAUUUUAUUACAAGGUUAUUGAAAGAAAGUGUGGAACCGCAAAAAACAGCCCCAAUGUACACCCAGUUAAUUAUUUGUCACUUAAAAUUUCUAUCGCCUUAUCUCCGCAGCAUACAAAUGCCGAAAUCGAUCGCAAUGAUGUACAAAGGAACAUUACGUGUUUUAUUGGUUAUACUGCAUGAUUUCCCGGAACUCCUUUGUGAGUAUCACUACGUAAUCUGCGAUAUCAUUCCACCAAAUUGCAUCCAGUUAAGAAAUUUAGUGCUCAGUGCAUAUCCAAAAAAUAUGCGAUUGCCAGAUCCAUUCGGCACUAAUUUAAAGGUUGACAGCCUUGUUGAAAUGACUCAAGAGCCAAAAAUGCAUUUGAAUAUGGCUACAAUAAUACCGAUAGAACUUCGUACGCAACUAGAUGACUACUUGGCGACUCGUUCAUCAGUUGAUUUUCAUGCUAAUUUGCCCAGCCUCCUACAAAUGCGAUCUCCAAACAGCAGCAUCCCUGGCUUAAAGUACAACACAACUUUAAUGCAUGCUGUUGUUCUCUAUGUGGGUAUGCGUGCCAUUGAGGCUAUACGUGAAAAACAACAAUGUAUAACAAUGACGACCAUUGCUCAUACUGCUUAUAUGGAUAUCUUUCAGAAUUUAGCAGUCAGCCUGUGCACUGAAGGGCGGUACUUACUAUUUAAUGCAAUAGCGAAUCAGCUACGCUAUCCAAACAGCCACACGCAUUACUUCAGUUGUACCCUUCUAUAUCUCUUUCUAGAAGCUAAUUCUCCGGUUAUCCAGGAACAGAUAACAAGGAUACUCUUUGAACGCUUGGUGGCUUUACGGCCACAUCCUUGGGGGCUAUUAAUUACCUUUAUUGAACUCAUAAAAAACCCUUUAUAUGGGUUUUGGAAGCACGACUUCGUACGAUGCGCUCCUGAAAUUGAAAGUAUCGUUGAAUUAAAUGACACCUAUGUUUUCAGACUUUUACAAAGUGUAGCGAGUUCGUGUAUGGGUUCUAGUGCGGCGAGGCCGUCAAGUAUUUCAGCUCCUCAUGCAGCACAUAGUGCUUCUGCCUCUGCGUGUAAUAGUCCAGCUCCUGCUGCUGCGCCAAACGCAUAA